AGUAAGUUGAUGGGGAGUUUGCGCUUGGUUAACGACCUUUUUCAGAAAGAUUUUUAGAUUAAGUAGAUCAAAAAACUACUAUUUCAUCAAGCUUAUCUAAAUGGAUGGAUGGUACUGUUUUAUGUUUUCGUUCGGCGUAACUCUUGUUUAGAGACUGUGAACAUCAACUUUAAAAUGGUGAACAAGGUCAGUGACACCGCGAUGAAAAAGGAGACACUGCGUGGAGGAUGCUUUGAAGAAACAGGAUCUCACGACGAAGUAGGAAACACCAACACAUCUGAACCCGUGUCUUCAGUUGAGAAGGACAAGAACGCAAAGAGCGCAAAGAAAAAAUAUGAAGGACAGAUAGUCGUUCAAAUUCUCAGGAUUAUUACCAUAACAGUUUUUCUAGGCACUACAUGGCAUUAUACAAUUCUACAACAUAUUGUAAAUGACUUUUACAAGUUUCUUAUGAGCAUGUGCUUGUUCCAUUCCGUCUAUUUUGAAACAUUCUUUGCAACUUUCUGUUACUCUGUGAUUAUACCGAUUUAUCCUUGGUCGGUUGACAAAUUUAGGAUUUUAGACAGUUAUAAACUCCACCCUUCUGUGAAAUAUGAGCAUACUACUGUUUUCAAGAUAGUUCAAGAUGCUGUGACUUACAUGGGCCCACUUAUGCUACUAGACACGUUUAUGGUUAAGAAGUAUGGGGGAGUUGGCAUCGAUCCAAAUAUGUGGGAGGAAAGGCGGAAGUCCAUUUUGCAGACGACACGAGUUUUACCGAAUGAUCCACCGCACUUGAUUUCAAUUAUAUGGCAAUUGACAGCAAGUUUUAUUGUAUAUGAUGCCUUAUUUUUUGCCAUUCAUCUAGUACUCCAUAAGAACUUUCAUCUUUACAAAUACAUUCACAAAUAUCACCAUGAUCACGAUAUGGUGCAUAGUCACGUGACAAACCAGCUGACCAUACCAGAGAGAAUUACGCUGAUUUUGUCUGCUAACUUUGCUCUAAAAGUGUUCAAUAGUCACCCAUUAACAAGAACCAUCUUCAUUCCAAUAUUUAUCUGGAUUUUAGUGGACAACCACUCCGGUUAUGAUAUGCCAUUUGGCUUACACAGACUCGUGCCAUUCCGGAUUGUAGGAGGCUCCGUGAAACAUUUUCAACACCAUUCUUACGGCAGUCGUUGCUAUGAGCCCAUAUUCACAUACUUAGAUAAGAUUCACGAGAUAUUUUCUGAGCAUUUUAAGACCAAAUGCUAAUGCUGUUACUGCAUUGUACCUUACGCUCUUUUUGGAAAAAUAUUUCAAAUUACCAUUAAUUAUUUUCCAACUUUUUCCAAAACCAGCAUGUGGACAAGAAACAUGACGAAGCUGAUUUGUAUUAUAUUCAACAAUCUAUACCAUGAUUUAACUCUCGUAACUCUCUCAUUCUUAGAGGGGUUAGGGAACGCGAAGUGUGCGUUCACUUGAAUGUUUAGCUUGUAGAGUUGCAGUGGAGUAUACCAGAUGCUUGUGAAAAUUCCAUUUUAACGUGUACUGUAUGAUCUAUGAUACUCGCUUUAAUCCGUUUACUAGUACCUGUUAAUAUUCCUUUUUUAAACACUUAAAGUUGUAAAGCAGUACACGCGUGCCUGUGCCGUACCAAGAGCGUUUCACAGUCUCCCUAUUGAUUCCUGGACGUAGGCAGACGCUUUAGAAUGUUUCAUCUAACACCAUAAGCCUAGUUUAUGUUGUUGUUGUUUUUUUUAUAGAACUUUGAAUUUCUUUCUUUCAUCGCUUGAAGUUUUACGUACAGCAUAUUUAUAUCUGUUUGGUAUUCCUUGACAGACUUUGUGUGAGACCAUUUUUGUUUCACAGAAAUAUACGUCUUUAAUUGUAUGAAAUAUUUAUCUUACAUGUUUAUUUGUGUGUUUUUUAUCAAUUCAAACAUGUUUUAAAUAUAUUGAAAAUAAAUUAUACAGUUUCAG